AUGCAAAAAGACAAUCAUUGUGCAGCCACAGACAGAGAAAUACUAAAGGCUAUCAGUGCUGUCCAGGUAUCUUUGGAUGAAGUCCGCAAAGAGGUUUUGUCCCAAAGACAGCUGCUGAACACGAUGAUCAGCAAAGAGGCAUCAAGUGGCACCAUAGAUGUGAUGGAUACCUUUCCAAUAAAGUCCAUGGAAGAGCUGGAUGGAAUGGAAAACAAAAUUGAAGAUAAAGAAAUUGCUAAAUCACUGGUCAAUCAACUCAGCCUCAUCGGGGGUUCUAAUCUUAAGGAGGCGACCAGACGGGUGAUGUCUCAAACCAUAUCCCAUAAUGUUGCUCUGAACCUUAAUUGGGCAGGGAGGAAGGGCUGGAAAGGUCAGCAGACUGAACCGAAGAGAGCAUUUGGUGGUCUGCGCCUAUGCGCUGCAAUGAAAAAAGCGAUGCUGAAGAACGUUGCCUUCAAAACAACAGAAGACCAGGUCGAGAGAGAAAUGAUGAUAUGGCUUCGCAACGCCUGCGACAGGCAUGGGGGCAGGAAGAGGCGCGCUGAGUCUCAAGCCACUGUGUCAGUAGUGACUGAAAACAGCAAAAUCGCUGAAAUCACUGAAAAUGAACUUUGAUCGGUCCGAGCUAUU